CGCACUUCAGUUCAAACGAGCACACAUAACAUGCGCAAGCUCGUGCCAUCGUUAGAAGAUCCAAAUCAAGGCAUUAUAAAUGCCACCAGGCCUCCGGUACACAGUACAAGCAUGAACAUGCUCUGUUCCCUUUAUAUAUCACAUCCCAAAAUCUCUAUAAAUACACACACAUGACACAUUAAAACCAUUAUUAUUACAUUCUGUGCAUCAUAUUUUAAUGAUGUUAAGCUUAACUACUUAUCACCAACAACAUUCUCACACAAUCUAAACCAUGCCCCACUCAACCAUGUUACAACAUUGUAACGCUACUCCUCCCCGGCGCCACCCCAAAGUCCUCGUCAUUCUCGGCGCUACUGGCGCCGGGAAGUCGAAAUUGUCGGUUGACAUGGCUUCCACUUUUUUCCCGAACUCCGAGAUUAUUAACUCGGAUAAAAUUCAGCUUUAUCGCGGUUUAGAUAUUACUACGAAUAAAAUGACAUUGUCUCAGCAACUCGGCGUCACUCACCACCUCCUCGGCCAACUCGACCCGGUCAACUCAGUGUCCCCGUCCGAGUUCCGCUCCCUCGGGUCCGCUAUUAUCGCCGACAUUUUCGCGCGCCGCCGUUUGCCGAUCAUUGUGGGCGGGUCGAACUCGCUCAUCUACGCUCUUCUGGUGAAACGGUUCGACCCGGAUUGUGACGUGUUCAACGGGUCGAAACCCGACCCGGUAUCCUCGGAGCUCCGGUACAACUGCUGCUUCAUCUGGGUCGACGUAUUCCUCCCCGUCCUAAACGAGUACCUCAACAAACGAGUCGACUCAAUGCUUAACUCGGGCAUGCUGGACGAGCUCGACGAAUUUUUCGCCUCCCCCGAGUUCGACUCAGUGAGUGAGACCGGGCUCAAGAAAGCCAUAGGAGUCCCCGAGUUCAAAAAAUACCUAACUAAUGAUUGCACAAAUUUCGAGGAGGAUCUGUACGAGGAGGCAGUUAGGAAUGUGAAGGAGAACACGUGUCAGCUAGCCAAGAGACAGAUGGGAAAGAUCCAACGGCUGAGAGAAGGCAAGUGGGACCUACGGAGAAUAGAUGCAACGGCGGCGUUUAAAGCGGCGAUGGGAUUAGAUGGCGAAAAAGCCGCGAGAAUAUGGGAGAGGCAAGUAGUGGAAACAAGCGUGAAGAUUGUGAAUCGGUUUUUGAAAGAUGAGUAGGUCUUGCACCUGUUUUUUACGUUUUCCUUCCUUGUUUGUUGCAUCGAUUUUGAUCUUUUCGGAUAUCUACAAAAGAGUAAUAUUACGUCCCUCUCAGUUUUUUAUGAAUUUUUAAAA